CAUUACACACUGUAUUAAGAGUAAACUGGUCUCACAUCGACUUGACGUCAGAUAACGACGUAUAACAUAAAUAUCAGACUGACAACAAGAGCAUUUUGUCAAGUAUUUAUUGAAGUUAGUCGUAUAUUGAACAGGCACCAGCAGAGUCACCUACUUUGUCCUCGCUCCGUGUCCUCGGCGUCUCAACUACAGCCUCCUGAACAGGUAUCACAUUUUACAGCAAAGUCAUCCGUGUUUAGUCUUUAAAACAUUAGCGUUACAUAAAAAGAACGUGACAGAGGCUAAGCGAUGGAAAUGUGCAUUUCCUAGUUAGUCAGACGGGUCCUGAGAGGCAACUCGAGGCCACUCCUACGGCACAUCUGCCUCAUGCACGCGUACCAAAACCAGUUAAUUCAAAAACCAGUUAAUACCGCACACCGGCUCUUCUCCCGCGGCAACACGGCGUGCUACGUGGCGCUGGUGUGGGCGCUCGCCGUCCUCGCCGUCGCGCCCAACUGGUCGGUGGGCUCGCUGCGGUACGACCCGCGCGUGUACUCCUGCACCUUGGCGAGCUCGCCGUACACCGUCGCCGUGGCGGCGGUGCACUUCGUGGCGCCCGUCGGCGUCGUCGGCUACUGCUACCUGCGCAUCUGGAUCCUGGUCCUGCGGGCGCGGCGCCGCGUGAAGCCGGACUCGCGACCGAAGAUCAAGCCGCACGACGUCCGCAGCUUCCUCACCGUGUUCGUGGUGAUGCUGAAGAUGGAGCCGAUGACGCUGAGGCCCAUCAGGAAGCCGCUGACCUGGCAGUGGGCGUCGCCGGCGAUCCAGCCGUCGUGGAAGAUGGCGGUGAGCACCAGCGGGUAGAGGUAGAGCGCCACCACCAGGUCGGCGAGCGCCAGGCUCACCACGAAGGCGUUGCCUGCAGAGGGAGGGAGGCGUGGGAGAUCACACCGUUGGGGCUCGGGGAGCUUGCGGUGGCCGGAUGGUGGCCUCACGCUGCCCCCUGCUGGACAUCCUCAGGAUCACUCUUCACUUA